AUGCCGUCCAUCGUAGUUAACACUGAUUUGGCCAUGCUGGCUGGAAGAUGCAACAUCCACAUCAACAAUCUACACAGAUUCAUGCACUUCCCGCCCGUCCGAGCCGUUGUUUGCACCCUCCUCAUCGAGCUGGAGCGCCCUGAAGCACAGUCUGGCCCCCAGCUAGACGAGAAUGCUAUCAUUAACAGCGUUGAUGAGACGAUACUCAACACCAGCCCGUCAGAACGAAAAGAGCUGCUGACGCAGCCCACCGCACCAGGAGCAGACUUCGCUGAUCGGGCUCUGGUUCUAUGUCUUGUCAAGUUGUACUCUCACUUCGAGAGUUGGAGCUGGUGGGACCUUGGGCCCUGUGGCCACCAGUCCAUUGCAAAGGUCCUCGUCGCCGUCGUCGGGCUCUUCUGCAAUGCGUGGGUUCAUGCCCCAGCCAUUGACGAGUCCUGGAAUCGCCUCAAGAUGUCCUCCCCGCCCCCUUUUCUCUCCCGCGAAUCCAUCGCCGCCGUCGAGUCCUCCACAUCUCAAGGCCUCACGCCCGAGGUCUGGGUUGAGUGGUCUUUGCUCUACGACCCCUGGAUCAGACGAACUAACGCGGCUCAGAUCUUGCAACCCAACCGAGACCAAGACACCAAGGACGUCGUUCCCGUCCUCGUCGCGGAGGUGUCACAGCCUGAACCAGAGAAGGAAGGCCGCGUCAUCGUUAAGUAUGACAAAAAGCCCGACGAGGAACGAUGGGCUUUCAAGUCCAUCCUUGACUCGAGGUGGGCCGGCAAGACCCCACGGACGGGACUGCAGUACCUCGUCGACUGGGAGUACGCGAAGCCGACGUGGCAGCCGGCAAAGGACUUGUCAGGCUGCGACCAGUGGGUGAUCGAGUUUCACCGGGAGAACCAUGGGAAGCCUGGCCCGGUGCCUAGGUUAAGGGGUCUUCUUCGAGGGUGUUGGGAAUGA